UAAGCUCUGACUAAACGCGACACGUGUCCGAGAUCUAAGAUUAGGCGAGCGCGUAUAACCGGCUGCUGCUGUGAACGGACAAAGCUUGCUAUAGUGAUUGCCCUUUUUUUUUGCCGCGGAGGACUCGAGACGAUUCGGUUGAUAAGUUCAAGGUGCCGGUCUUUGUUCGAUCGGGCGAUUAGCGACAGUGACAAAUCGCGAGGAUAGCUUUCGGUUGCGUAACGCGAGUAGUGUGUUUUUUAUUCGAGCUAGGAAACGCUUUUGCGGAGCGUAUAGAGUUUCCGAGUCUGUAAAUAAAACGCUGUCGAUGAGCUGUUUCGCCUGAAUGAAGAUCGUUAUUAACGAUUGUCUCAAGCCGCUUGACUCGAUCUGUCUUUUUCAGUGGAUGCAGCCGAGUCCAGUCAGACACGAGGCUAUUUUGCCGCUCGAACGAAUAUUUCGGGAGACCGCGCGGACGAGCAUAUACAUCGGAGAAAAAAGCUCGCGAGAGUGUGACGAAAGCCCGUGCGUUCACGUGCGUCGACGGCGUAGGAGGAAGAGGAGAGAGAACGGUAUAUACCCCGAGUUCGCGAGAGCGAGUCGAGCUCUAAGAAUAUACCGCGGCGAGCGGAUCGUUGAACCGUCCACGUGCUGCUACAUGGGAGGAGCCGUGUAAAAUUGCCCUCGCCGCAGUGUGCAGUCUUUCCGCUUUUCCACUCGGAGCUUCCGUCCGUAGACGCCAUGUCCAGUGAGACCACGUCCGACGAGGAGUCUUCCCAGGAGGAUCUGCAGAGGUACGAGAUCGACGACCUCGAGAUGAUCAGGACCAUCGGUACGGGAACGUUCGGCCGAGUAAUCCUGUGCCGGCACCGGGGAAAACCGCUGGCUCUGAAAAUUUUGUCGAUGGUUGACGUCAUCCGGCUCAAGCAGGUGGAUCACGUGCGCAACGAAAUUACCGUCCUCAAAGAAGUCAAGCAUCCCUUCAUCGUCAACAUGCUGUGGAGCGGCAGAGACGAAGCGAGGGUCUACAUGCUGCUGGAAUUCGUCGCGGGUGGCGAACUUUUUUCCUACCUACGUGCCGCCGGACGUUUCUCCGGCAGGACCAGUUGCUUCUACGCCGCCGAGAUUGUCUGCGCUCUCGAGUACCUGCACAGCAAGCACAUUGUCUACCGGGACUUGAAACCCGAAAAUCUGCUGCUAGACAGUCAGGGUCAUCUCAAGAUCACCGAUUUUGGAUUUUCUAAAAAGCUGACCGACAGAACCUGGACACUCUGCGGCACACCGGAGUACUUGGCUCCGGAGAUCAUUCAGAGCAAAGGACACAACAAAGCCGUCGACUGGUGGGCACUGGGUAUCUUGAUCUACGAGAUGCUGGCAGGAUUUCCGCCAUUCUUCGAUGACAAUCCCUUUGGAAUUUACGAAAAAAUUCUCGGCGGUAGGAUAGAGUGGCCCAAACACAUGGAUCCGAUCGCCAAGGACCUGGUCAAGAAGCUGCUGGUAGCGGACAGGACAAAGAGGCUUGGUAACAUGCGUCAAGGUGCCGAUGAUGUCAAGAGGCAUCGAUGGUUCAAACUCGUCGACUGGUCACAGGUACCGCUAAGAGCUUUGGUACCGCCGAUAAGCCCAAGGCUGAAAGCUCCGGGAGAUCCGAGCUGUUUCGACGACUAUCCGGAAACCGACUGGCGAUCCCAGCCACCUCUACCACCUGACCAGUUGGCCUUGUUUCAAGAUUUUUGACGACGUGCUGAUGCCUGAGUAGCAGCGACAAUUGAAAAACUAAAUAGUACAAAAAAAAAAUCGCGAACAAAAGCAUAAGGUAUACACUCACGAGUAUUUUCACGCGAGAGAUUUAAAAAAUAUUUUUGUACUUAUCGAAGCAAUUGACUCUUAGCAAAGGGUCUCUAGUCAAUUUGAUAUUUGUGAUGUUCAAAAGCACAAUAUGAAAAUUCGUCCGAUGGAAUCAUUUCUUUGUCGACGAGUAAUGUGACGAUGCGGCUUUGAUGAAAGCUUUAGAUUUUCUUUUCUAAUGGUGACAGUUCGAUUUUGAUAUUAUUUUGUUAUUAAUUGAGAACUCUAUUUGUAAAUACAUUUUUAUCAUUUGCUAUAUUCUACGCUUUGUUAUAUCUUAAUAGGAUAUGUCUAAGAAGAAAAGUGAUCGCGUACUUUUGUAAGUUACGUAAAUAUGUAAGUGUUUCAUUGAAAACUUGUUAAUAGAAGUGAUAAUAAAUAUAAGUCGUCCACGUA